CACUUUCUUUGUGUUUCCAUCUCUCGCCGUUGCCCGUGAUCUCUAUCAUAUACCGUGGCUGACAAUUUAAAAAAAAAAACAUUUGUAUGAUGGCGGAGGACAGUGAAUCCGCGGCCAGUCAGCAGAGCCUGGAGCUGGACGACCAGGACACCUGCGGGAUAGACGGGGACAACGAGGAGGAGAACGAGCACAUGCAAGGGAGUCCAGGGGGAGACCUGGGGGCCAAGAAGAAGAAGAAGAAACAGAAGAGGAAGAAAGAGAAGCCGAGCUCGGGGGGAGCCAAAUCCGACUCGGCUUCUGACUCUCAGGAGAUAAAGAACCCUGGCUUGCCAAUUCAGAAGCUGCAGGACAUCCAACGAGCCAUGGAGCUGCUGUCCUGCCAGGGUCCAGCAAAGAGCAUUGAUGAUGCAGCCAAGCACAAGUACCAGUUCUGGGACACCCAGCCUGUGCCGAAGCUCAAUGAGGUGGUGACGAGUCACGGGCCCAUAGAAGCAGACAAAGACGCCAUUAGACAGGAGCCCUACUCCUUACCUCAAGGCUUUAUGUGGGACACUCUGGAUCUCAGCAAUGCAGAUGUACUCAAGGAAUUGUAUACAUUGUUAAAUGAAAACUAUGUGGAGGAUGACGACAACAUGUUCAGAUUUGAUUAUUCACCAAACUUUCUCAAAUGGGCUCUGCGUCCUCCCGGCUGGUUACCACAGUGGCAUUGUGGAGUGAGAGUGUCCUCCAAUAAGAAGCUUGUUGGUUUCAUCAGUGCCAUCCCUGCAGAUAUACGCAUCUAUGACACGCUGAAGAGGAUGGUUGAGAUUAACUUCCUGUGUGUUCAUAAGAAGCUGCGCUCAAAGCGUGUCGCUCCAGUGCUAAUCCGAGAGAUCACACGGAGGGUGAACAUGGAAGGAAUAUUUCAGGCUGUGUACACGGCAGGAGUAGUACUGCCUAAACCUGUGUCCACAUGCAGGUAUUGGCACCGUUCUUUGAACCCCAGAAAACUUGUGGAAGUUAAAUUCUCCCACCUGAGCAGGAACAUGACCCUGCAGAGAACCAUGAAACUCUACAGACUACCAGAUAGCACUAAGACCCCAGGUUUGCGGCAGAUGGAGAGGCGUGACAUCCGCCAGGUCACUGAACUGCUACAGAAAUUUCUGCGACGUUUCCAGCUUGCACCUUCUAUGGGAGAAGAGGAGGUGGCUCACUGGUUCUUCCCACAGGACAACAUCAUCGAUGCAUUUGUAGUAGAGGGUGCCGGUGGUGUACUGACAGAUUUCACUAGUUUCUACACUCUGCCCUCGACUGUGAUGCAUCACCCUCUCCAUGGGAGCCUGAAGGCGGCUUACUCUUUUUACAACGUUCAUACACAAACUCCACUACUGGACUUAAUGAAUGAUGCACUGAUCCUGGCCAAGCUGAAAGGUUUUGAUGUGUUCAAUGCCUUGGAUCUAAUGGAGAAUAAGGUGUUCCUGGAGAAGCUCAAGUUUGGCAUAGGGGAUGGAAAUCUGCAGUAUUACCUCUACAACUGGAAAUGUCCCCCUAUGGACCCUGAUAAGGUUGGCCUCGUCCUCCAGUAGCAGAUCUCAUCACGGCUUGCUCCACAAACACUGAUCAAAAGGUCGUUCGCGACCUCUGGCUAUUCCUUACCUGGACAUACAGGUAGCGCAAGCUAGACAAUGAGAACUACAACAGUUAAACUAACCUGGAGACUGGGACAAGGUUCAAGAACAUUCUCAGUUCACCCGGAGGUGAAAACUCUUAAAUCAUCAACAUCCUGAAUGUGAAGUCAUGCUAUGCCUGAGAUACUCAUACAGUCCAUGCACCCUCACGUUUAAAACAUAGACAUACAAGAGGAUGCCUUGACAUUGUGAGUUUUGUUUAGUUCUUCUUCCUGAGCAGACGCCUCGUUACAAGGGGCUGGCAUGUAAUUUACUGUCACUGGCAUUGAUCCAUGUAAAUGAUAAUCAACAAGCAAACAUGACCACAACACCAAAAUAGAAGUUGGUGUGUCCCCACUGCAACUGCAGAAUAAGAGGGUCUUCAAUGUAUUUAAAGAGUUAUUAUUUCCAUCUCCCUCUCAUACGUGGUCAGGCGUUUCUCUGCUGGCUGUUUUUGGGCCUCAAUAGAAUUUAGAAAUGCGAUGAACAUGUUUCUGUGAAAGCUGGCGUAUAAAAACAUUUUCUUCCUCAAGCGUUUAAGAAAAAAAAUCUUAACUUUUCACACACUCUGUCAAACGACACAUAUACACAAAAGGGUAUCUUCAUGGGAGGACUCAUCCAACUGCAUUGAUUAUGUUUUAUUUUAUUUUAUUCAAAUAUACAGUUACCUGUACAUUUAAAGCCAGAUCCUAUUUAUUCCUGUAGUGUGGGUUUGGGAGGGCUGAUCCAAAGUAUUUUCCUCGUAGGUAGUGUAGAUGUCACUGGGUUUGUUCAGAUAAUGUGGGUUUCAGUGGUUUUGAUGAAGAAUGUAUUGCAUCAAUGAAGCACAAUUUUUGAGUUCCUUAAAAAGCAAAAGGGUCCUUUUUUUGAAGGGUCCGAUUUCAAAAUGAACGAGUUACGGUACAGCCUUGGCUUUUACGGAGGACAUGAGCGGUUUUCAUGUUAUAAAGUUGUUUCUAGAGUAGAAUCUGAGUAGAACAUCUACACCACAUGUUUGGUUAUAUUCACUGAUUAUGUUUCUGUUAAAUUGGAAAAAGUUACACUAGC